AUGCCAGUUGUGGUUGAUUCAAACGAUGAUGGAACAGUCGCCCAGGAACUGGAACUAGAGCAAAUGAGGAGUACAUUGGAGGAGGCGAUUGUGGAAACGCUCAGUAACCUCUCGAAAAUCGACCGCGACUUCCCCCGCUUAGCCCUAAGCAAGCGGAAUCGGGCUGUCGUGAGGGCUGUGAACCCAAUGCUGGUUACCUAUUUGGAAGCCAGCCGGGACCUUUGCGAGACGGACUCAAUUCUUUUUGGCGCCGCACUGGCAGUCUGCCCUAUUAUAGACGCCAAACUUUCCAUGGCUGGACGCGCUACUGGACAAAGUAGUGCUAUCCCAGCCUGGAGAAUAAGAAUUGAAGAACGUAUCGCAAAGGCAAGGGCCCUCAUCGGCAGACUGAUAUGCUUCAGGUCAGGCAAUACCAGGCCAAGGAUUGUGCGCACCGUCAGGAUGGCGUUUGCUGGGACAAAUGUUAGUUUGUCCCAGCCGGAUAUAAUAUAA